AUGACUCCAAAUAUUGCAACAGAAGUGGAAUAGAUCUGUUGCUGUACAUUUUGGUUCCCAAAUGUUGAUUGAAAGCACGCGAGAUAGCGAAACCAUGAGGACGCCAGACCGUAAUUCGGUCGGGCGCACGGGGCUCCGCUCCCCCGACGCCGCCAGCGUCUCUUCAGCGCCAGGUCGCCGAGCACUGUCGCGGCCGCCGUCUCCCUCCCGCGCGCCGUCUGCUGCUUCCUCGGGGUCCCUCUACCCUUCCUGCCCAACACCAGCCCCGAGCAACGUCGACACCUUGACGUCUUAUUCAGUGCUUGGGGAAAAUGGAUUGGGAUUCAACAGAAAACGUGGAUCGAGUAUUUAUUCGGACAUAAACAUUGCCAUUUUUCCUUCCGAAAUGGUGAGCACUGAAGGUGCUCUCUUCCCGCAGUACAAGAGCUUAGAGGAAGACGAUGUGUUGUCCUGCAGCCCCACCUUCCAGCCCCUCUCGGCCAGCGUCCUGCUCUUGGGCGCGCCGACGGCUGCCCCGACUUCGCCGGCUGAGCCUGUCGGUAGCUUCGCCAUUGACCGCGUGAGCCCGACGUUCAUCACGCUGCCGAACACCGGGUCCAUCAUCCACCCGGUGAACGGCUGGGUCGCGCGGGACCCGUUGGCCGCCAAGUCCCCGCAGCGCAACGGCGCCUUCCUGGGCUCCGGCGGGGCGUGGUUGCUGCACGGCCUGAGGUCGAGCGCCGUGGCCCCGGCAGCCCUACCCGCCGUCGACGUGCGCUCCCUCAGCGACCCCAACGGCGUGCCGGCGUUCCUGAAGAGUUCGACGAACAGCGAGCCUGACACCAGAGCGAUGGGCAUGGGCGUGGUGAACGUGGCCACCUCGCGGGCAGACCUGGUAGCUGACGCCGACGACGACGAGACGGGAGAGUGUGGCUGGCUGUGUCUAAGGCCUGAGAAGUUGCAAAAAACACGCACGGCCAAGUGGGUCCUGUUCUGGCUGUGUUGGGCUGCCGCCGCGCAAGGCAUGGUGGUCAACGGUUUUGUAAACGUGUGUAUCACAACUAUAGAAAAGAGAUUCGAUCUUCGGUCUACAGACACAGGUCUGAUCGCCGGCGCGUACGACAUCGCCUCCGUGCUGUGCUCGAUCCCCGUCUCGUACCUGGGCUCCAGAGUCGGAAGCUCGAAGCCGCGCUGGCUGGGCUGGGGCGUGUUCAUCAUGGGCAUCGGGUCCUUCGUGUUCAUGCUGCCGCACUUCGGGUCUCCCGCGUACGACCCCAGCGCCUCCACGUCCUCGCUGCUCGUGUGCCUGCGCGAGGGGAAGAGAGUGUCUCGCUGCGGCGUGAUGGUGGAGAAGUGGCUGUCGUCUUACCGCCACAUCUUCGUGCUGGGCCAGUUCCUUCACGGCGUGGGCGCCUCGCCGCUCUACACGCUGGGCAUAACCUACCUGGACGAGUCGGUGCCCGUCAAGAUGUCGUCCAUGUACCUCGGAAUCUUCUACGCCAUGGCCGUGAUUGGCCCCGCCUUCGGCUACCUGCUCGGGGGGCAGUUCCUCAAGAUCUACAUCGACGCCCCCAAAGUUGACCCCACCAACCUGGGCCUGCGCGCGAACAGCGACCUGUGGCUGGGCGGCUGGUGGAUCGGCUUCCUCCUGUCGGGCGCCCUGUCCAUCCUCGUCUCGUGGCCCAUCAUGGCCUUCCCCGCGCAGCUGCCAGGUGCGAAGGCCAUCAAGGCGGAGCGCGUGUCGGAGGCGUACAGUUCCCCCGACACGUCGGGGAGCGCCAGGGGCUUCGGCCGAAUGAGUGACCUUCCGAAGGCGGUCAAGGUCUUGACUUUCAAUCCGACCUUUGUCUUCCUGUCCCUGGCGGGCGCUACGGAGGGCAUCCUGCUUGCCGGCUUCGCCACCUUCAUGCCCAAGUUCCUGGAGAAUCAGUUCAGCAUGUCGGCGAGCUUCGCGGCGCUGCUCGUGGGUUUCGUGGUGGUGCCAGCGGGCGGCGGCGGUACCUUCCUCGGGGGGUGGCUCAUCAAGAAGCUGCAGCUGCGGUGUUCGGGCAUCCUCAAGUUCUGCAUCGUGUUCUCCUUCUUCUGCGUCCUCGCCUGCCUCACCUUCGUCAUGUCUUGUCCGAACACCGAGUUCGCCGGAGUCAGCGUCGAGUAUGACAACAGGACCAUAACACCGAGCACGCCAAACCUGACGGCCUUCUGCAACAGCGAGUGCAAUUGCAAGGACGUACCCUAUGAUCCCGUGUGUGGCAACAACAACGUCAUGUAUUUCUCCCCGUGCCAUGCAGGCUGCUCGGGCAUGGAGAAGGGAGCAGAUGGCCUGAAAGUGUACACGGGAUGUAGGUGCGUGGCCUCGCUGCCUUCCCUGACUCUCCCGCCCGCCACAACGCCCGUGGGCGUCGGCGCCGACGUGAGGCUGGCCGUCGACUCCGCCAUCAGGGAGAAGUGCCCGUCCACCUGCUCUCUCAUGCUCGUCUUCCUCGUCAUCUUCUUCGUCGUGAUGCUGCUCACCUUCGUCAUCAGUCUGCCGGCGGUGUCCGCGACGCUCAGGUGCGUGCCGGACAGCCACCGGUCCUUCGCCCUGGGCCUGCAGUGGAUCGUGGUGCGGCUCCUCGGCACCAUCCCGGGCCCUAUCCUCUUCGGGGCGCUCAUCGACAACACCUGCACGCUGUGGCAGACGACCUGUGGCACCACGGGAGCCUGCAGGAGCUACGAUAACUUCUACAUGAGCAGAUAUAUGAUGGGCAUAUCAAUCAUCGGCAAAGCGCUGUCGACAAUUACCUUCUUCCUGGCGUGGUGGCUGUACAAACCCCCCGCGGCGGGACCGGAGAUGGGCCACGCCAACGCUGUCGCGGACACCGUGCCCGUCAAGGACCCGAAGGAGGUGAAGGAGCUGAGCGGCAUCGACAACCCGGCGGCGGACUUGUCGUGAGGGAGGCCAGCGCUACAGAUGCCGUUGCUCUGUUUUUUUUAUACAUUCCAGUUCUUUUUUUUUAAUGCGUUCCCUUUAUUUUUAUCUGAAAAUGUCUGCAAAGCUGAUUUUUGUGCCCUUUUUAUGCGAGGGGAUUUUUUUUUUUUUCAUACCUGAUGGUUUUAUAACAAUGGGGCAUUUUUCGCAUUAUUUGUACUAAGAUAUUAGAACGUCCGUCGAAUUUCAUUUACGUCAAGAUAUGGUAGUAACUGCAGACCUAUUGCCAAACGUUGGUGCACAUUUUAAUUCGACAUAUUUACAUUCCAUAUUCAGAUAUCUUUUUAUAACAUGCAGCGGUGACUUUCUUGGACAGAUUUUCUUGAAGUAUUUAUUUUUCAUUUUGAUUCUCUGUUCCUGUUUAACAAAAGAGGGUAUACGGAAUGACAAAGAUUGUCUAGCUAUGCCCUUUUAUGAAUGGUGCCAGUACAAAAAAAAAAAGAAAUAGACGCCAAUGAAUUGUUAUUCACACAAAAAACACACACACGAAACUCCAGGGACCACAUACACACGCUGUAGCAACGGGUAACCCUUGUCAGUUAUAUGUUGCUGUCAACCGUGCGCUCCCAUGACAAUAACACAUUCUAUAAGCACUGUGUUAUAGCGUCAGUAUAUAGAUAUUUUCGUAUAUUAAUUGUGUUCACAAUCAUAAGUAUAUUUUUGUAUAUUUACUUAGGACCAGAUGAUUUUUCCGUGAUUUAAGUUAAUAUAUGUGACAGAGAAGUACUGGUAUGUAAAUAAUUCUUCAGAUUGUUAGCUAUAUUGAAAAUAUUAUAUAUUGUAAACUAAUAAUUGGAUUUUCUAUGGUAAAACCCACUUUUUUAUAGUUUGUAGUCAUAUCUCAUAAAUUAAUAUUGAAAACUGUUCCUUAUAUUGAUAUGUUUUUAAUCUUAAGGGAUCAUCUUCAUUAUUCAGAUGUGUACCUUCAUCCAUACUAUAUUACAUGUGCUGUGUUGAGAGAAUGCUUGCUCUGAUAAUCCGGUAUAAGUUUUAGUAACGAAUUUACAAUAUAUUUUGUGCCGUUGAACAAGAGAUGUUAAGAUGGUGCUGAUUAUCAUCUUAGGAAUACUUAAUAAAUGAUUUUAUUUUU